GAGGGGUAGAGGAGGAGGGACCAGAAAGUCCAUUCACAUUGGUGGCAUUUGGCCUGAGCAAUGAGCCGCGUUUGGACUCGGAGAGAAGUUUCCCUCAGGAGAAGAGAGUAGAGAGACAGACACAGAGCUACGGGAGGAUCGGAACAAAUUGUGUGGAUGCAACUCUUCUGGGAGUUGAACGACUUUGAAGUGGACGAGAGGAGGCCCAGUGCAGAGGCAGCUAUGCGGGGGUCAGCUUGGGAUCGUGUGGGUGUCCCACUGAGCAACAGCCACCAUGGCCCUGGUUCAGGCUCUGUCCAUCCCUGCUGAGCGCCACCACACCCCCAGCCUCAGCGGAACCCCCCACUGCCGCCCCUCUGCCCCCCACACGCCCCCCAACCUACCCUCCAACUCCAAGGAGGCCAUGGGCUCCGUCAGCAGCCUCAUCGCCCACCGCCCCGGCCCAGCCCACCUGGUUCGUCACUACCGGCCCAUUGAUGUUGGCCCCGAGCCGGGCGCCACCAGGCUCCACAGAACCACGUUGGGCGCCACUUCCUGCCUGGCCUCCGUUGACACAUCCCAGGAUCCACUGCUCAGUAGCUUCACUCCGCCUGGCAACAGGAAGCCCUUGAUGGUGAUUGGCUCCAGUAAGGACAGCGGGACCAUUGGGAAUUACUCGUAUCUGAACCAGGACUAUGUGGGAGACUGGAAUGAAAACACUGUGGUUCAUGGAAGCCCUGGGGCCGGGAUUGACACAGGGAAGGCCAAGGAUGGGCAGCUGGGGAGCCUCAACAGGAACAUGGAAGAACCCCCGCCCAAACUGGUCCCCGUGUCAGGGAAGCUGGAGAAGAACAUGGAGAAAACAGUGAUCCGGCCGACUGCCUUCAAACCCGUCGUCCCCAAGAGCCGCAACUCCAUGCAGUUCCUUUCCCCUCGCCACGACAGGGCCAGUCUAUCAGACUGCCAGAACAACCUCAACCUGUUGUCACCUGGUAGCCAAAUGGACACCUUGUCGCCCUGCUCGGAGAAUCGCAACGGCGGGCGCCACACGGGCGGGGGCAGCCAGACCUGCUCCAUGUCUGACUCUGGACGGAACUCCCUGUCGAGCCUGCCCCCCUAUGGUAGCAUCCCCUACAGCCUGGCGCCCGCAGACACCCCGCCUGGUAGUGGCCACCUGGAGCCAUUGAAGACUGCACACGGGCACUCCAACUCGGACAGCGGGCGCUCCUCGUCCAGUAAGAGCACAGGGUCGGUGAGCGGACGCAGCCAGCCCCUGUCAGACAGCGGGUCAAGCGGGCGCUCGCCAGCCCCUGUGGAGGGGGGGUACGAGGGGGUGGUGAGGGACCUGGAGGAUAAGCUGAGGGAGAGAGACGUGGAGCUGCAGCAGCUCCGAGACAACCUGGACGAGAACGAAGUGGCUAUCUGCCAGGUUUAUGAGGAGAAGCAGAAGCGCUGUGAGCUGGAGCUGGAGGAGUUGCGUCAGAGCUGCGCCACACGGAUGCAGACCCAGUCCCAGAAGGCCCAGCGUGCCCAGCAGGUGCUCCAACUGCAGGUCUUCCACCUGCAGCAGGAGAAGAAGAAGCUCCAGGAGGACUUCGGCCAGCUGCUGCAGGAGAGGGAGAAGCUGGAAGAGCGCUGUACCUCCUACGAGCACGAGAAGAUCCAGCUAGGGCCCAGGCUGGAGGAGACCACGUGGGAGGUGUGUCAGAAGUCUGGGGAGAUCUCCCUGCUGAAGCAGCAGCUGAAGGAUGUCCAGGGGGAGCUGUCUCAGCGCAUGGGGGAGAUCGUCUCUCUGCGUGGACAGCUUCGGGACUCCCGUGGCGAGCUCACCACCAGCCAGGCCCUGCUGCAAGAGGUCACCACUGCCGGCCACACACGCACCAUGGAGCUGGAGGUGUGCCAGAACGAGCUGCAGCGCCGCAAGAGUGAGGCCCAGCUCCUCCGCCAGAAGGUGGGCCGACUGGAGGAGGAGAUGGCCCGCCUCCAUGCUGCCGCCAAUCAGACAAGCCUCCAGAGCCCCACCCACAAUGGUGGUGGAGGCAGACAGUGCCAGGCCUUCCCGGAGGGGGAGGAGCCACACUUGUUGACCUAUAAAAGCGACGAGGCCAGGGCGUAUGAGAGCGAGGCCCUCCAGAGCCUCCGGCUGCAGAUGGACGGUCUGGGGGCGGAGUUAGCCACAGAACGCCAGCGGGGAGAGGAGCAGGCGUGCAGCUUUGAGAAGGAGCACAGGGUCUGGCAGGAGGAAAAGGACAAGGUGAUCCAGUAUCAGAAGCAGCUGCAGCAGAACUACGUGGGGAUGUACCGGAGGAACCGGGCGCUGGAGCGCAUGCUGCGCAAGCUCAGUCUAGAACUGGAGACCCGGGACGAGCUGGAGGAGCAGGAUGAAGGCAGCGGCAACGAGAUCAACUUUGACGAGAUCACUGCUACUGAGAUCUGACACCACCACCUCUCUGUGUCUCCUUCUCCGUCUCUAUCAGCCAUAUGCAUCUGAUCCCCUAGGAGCGUCUAUAGGAAGCCAGAUAGCCUCUAUAAUUACUUAGUAGGUCAGGAUCCUUCAGUAUAUGUCCUUCAGGGUCUCUACAGUAUGUAGUAAUCUGUCUAUAGUUGGUCUACUCUCUGUAUGUUCCUGCUCUUCCACGCCGUCUCACUGUCUCAUUAGUAUGGUUGACUCCCACUGGCUAAUGUCGCUACACACACACCCUUCUGUCACUCACAGGCAUAGGGAUCUGAUGUGACUGAAUGAGAGUUCACCUGCCGGGAGAGUGAUUUUGAAGUCGGAUGAGUCUCGUACAGCAUGGAGGGAGUACGUCCUGCCUUUUUGAGCUAUUCCUAGAAUGACUCACUGAACAUCAUGUAAACACAUGGGGAGGCUCGGCUCUCUUCCUACUCCCUAGGAAUUUGUACUUCCUCCUUAUUCACUGUGGGUGGUCUCGUGUUCUUGGUAGGCAGAGCUUGAUAACACUAGUGUUCUUCGGCAUGUUGUUUUCAGAUACUACAGGUUCAAUGGCAAAACAUUUUACCAUUACCAAAAGUCUCCUCAUUCAAUGUGACACAUUUAAGUAUCUAAAUAUGUACCUUAGUGGUCUUGAAUUUCUGUAUCUACACAGUAUCUCUAGCUAGCAAACCAGAAACCGUGGAAUUUCAAGGUAAAAGUCACUAAAGCACACUCAGAUAUGCUUUCUAUUGUUGUGAAGAGUAGCUACUUUACCUUUGAUCUCCCUUCACCGAAGUACAAAAGCAUGGAUGGAUUCAUCUCUAUGGAUAUUUGUGUUUCUCUGUCAAUAUUUGUAUGCUGCACUGGCUGUUUGUGAAGGUGCUUUUUGUAUAGGCUGUGAGAGAGGACAUGGACUAAGUGAUAUAUGUUUCGGGCUCUAUUUAAUCCAUAUCACAGAAGUUCCGCGUAACAGCGUAAUUGAAAUUUAAAGGCAAUGUUCCCGCGUAAGCAGAGACUGCAUUCACGUUAAACGCUGUAUAGGUCGGAACAAUCGAAAAUGACCUUUACAUUUCUAUCGCGCAAUCUGUAACGCUUCAGUGAUACAGAUUUAAUAGAGCCCGUAGUCUUUUAUAAAGUGAAAUUAGACUGACCAUGAUAUGACUUAUCUUUUCAUCAACUUCUGUAUAAAAAAAGCACACCCAUUCACAAGAGGAAGACACUUAAAUGUCCCAUAUCGCUGUUAACCCUUCAUUGUAGAUAUCCUUAAUACUGACCGUUAUAUGGUGAUAUAUAAUAGAUUUCUUACAGAGAUAUUAUCUAUUUCAAAAUAAACAUAGCUACUGUGAAUAGACCAAAGCAAUGUCACAUGUCCUGUUGGUUCUUUACAGUACCAUGUCUGCAUAUUGGUGUAUGUGUGAAUGAUACUCAUGGUUCUAUAAUACAAUUUUUUUAUCCACAGUAUUUGUAUGAAGAUAUUAAAUGUAUAUUUUCAUGCUGUAAAUUUCUUGUACCAACUGACUGUUUUUAAUAAAACAAACGAUAAAACGAA